UGGAACUCGAAUCUGCUUCUUUUUUUUGCUACCAGUGCAAGGUGAUACUCGAAGAUCGUUUGAUCGUCCACUCUUGACCAGACACAGCCAGAAGCACAGUGAAAACCACCAAUUGAAGGAUUUCCGCCAUCUUCAAACCCAAAUCUUAUACAGAACCGGCAACGUCAGUCGUGCCUGACAGUUACCUAUUUCGUCUAAGCAACAGGCUGUUCUGAGCUCCUCCGGCUCGACUUGGACGUGACUCUGAAGCUCAGGGUUCUACGCACCUACCGAGCGCUUUCAUACACACCCACUCAUUCACUACCAAGUUCGCCUCUACCGACCUGUUCGCCGGGUGGCCUUAGGUCAUUGCAAUAAGGUAGAACGACAAGCCAAUCACGAUGCCUCAGAGGUCGUUGCCUACGCCAGUAUCAUCAGCGGAUAUGAAAGCCCAGGAACCUCCACCCCUAGCCUCCCUUCAGAUGCUGUUCGAACUACCACCACCUGCCAUUAUGCCAUCCAACGCUGCAGGCACACCUCCACAGACUCCGGAGAAAAGAUAUCCGAUGCAACCAAGCGAGACAGUCAAGUCACGAAGGCGUGCAGCAACCGUCACAGGCCCAUCCAGGAACGAUUUUGCACUCCCUCCCCCUCCUACGAGGUCACGCAAAAUCAUCCAGAUGAAGCCGCGUGAAGUUGCUGUUGCUCCACGACCUGCACCAACCUCCAAAGAUUCGACCACUGGCAAAUCGGGCUCGGAUCUUGUGUCCACCACAACGAAACCAGUGUCGACCACACCACCAGCGACAACAGGAGGCGCCACAAAGAAACAAUCGACUGCGGCAGGAAGGAAGAUAGCGAGAAAAACAGCACAUAGCUUGAUCGAGAGGAGAAGGAGAUCCAAGAUGAACGAAGAGUUCGCCCUGCUCAAAAGCAUGAUACCGGCAUGCACCGGCGAGAUGCAUAAGCUGGCUAUCCUUCAGGCCUCAAUAGAGUAUAUCAGAUACUUGGAAGAUUGUGUCGCUAAGCUCCAGGCCCGGCAUCAAUCCGGUCCAUCAGAGGAAGAAAGUGGGAUAAAGAGUCUUCCAACACCCUCUGGUCAUGAACCUUUCCAUCCUGAGGCUGUCUUUGCCUUUGCGGCAAGACAAGAAGUUCAUUUAGAGGGCGACGUAGAGAUGUCGGACUCGUCUGGGGUUGAUUCACCGGCCUCUUCGCCUCCACUUGCCGCGAUCACCUCUUCCCACCAGCCAUCCGCAUCCCCGGGAAUACCACCCCAGCAGCCGCUAAGGGAUCGACAUGAUUCGAUCUCGUUAGCUUUGACAUCGACCGAUUACCAAAGACACUACAGCUUCAGUGGCUCAUCUGUUAUUGCCUCGCCUGCCGGCUUUGGCUCCGAGGGGCAUUUAUAUGGCGGCAACAGCAACAUGCACGACACGCGAGCCGCCUCGGUUUCGGGCCUAACACUGACCAGCCCUUACCUGGUAUCGCGAAAUGACCUUGACCAUGAAGCAACGGCUGCUCUUCUCAUGUUGAACCAACAGACGCAACCGGAUAGGCGGAUGUCAACAACGAAUAUCGACAGGCCCGCUGAAGCCGCGGCCACAGCCUCUGGAACCGUGAGAACAGGGCGGGGAAUGAGUGUCAGAGACUUGUUAAGCGCAUGAGGGACCCGGAAGGAGAUCGUUCGAUGGCGCCUCCACGUUGGGCUGAAUAAGAUCAUCUACCCUUGGGGUCUGUC